UUUUUUUUAGAGAUUCAAACAAAUGAGGGAUAUGCAUGGAAGCAGCAGUCGGGACGAUAGACAGAAACGAGAACAACAACGUCAUGAAAAAGAGAUGGCAAAAUUUCUGCAAAUGGCUGAUGUACAUAAGCAGCAGCAACAACAGACGCAGAAUCAGGAGGAAAGUGGGACCCACCCAGCUCCUCCUGCUGUAACGAGCAGUGCUACUAAAGUUACCGACCAAGAUCAGCGUAAAGUUUUGAAGUUCGGAUUUUCCGCCAAAGGCAGCGCUGUCAAGAGCUCUGUUAGCAAUACAACUAAGAAGCCGAAGGUAGCUAUUGCCUCCGUUUUUAGCAAUGACAGUGAUGAAGAAUAGGGGAUUUCUGAUAUAUAU